AUGACCGAGCGGACCAUAUCAAGAUUGUCUUCUAGCCGGCCAACAACUGCUCCCAUAGCACGGAAAGUCAAGACUGGUUGUGGGACCUGUAAGAUUCGCAAGGUCAAAUGCGAUGAAACAUACCCAGCGUGUCGCCGAUGUCUCCAGACUGGAAGGGUCUGUGAUGGCUAUGGGAUCUGGGGUGGCGGUAAUAGGCCUGCUGUCCCGGCCCGCGCGACAGAGCAACUGGACUCAGGUGGGACUCUCUGGCGCUCGGAACAGUAUGUCCAAGGACUACGAAAGUUGCAACCAGGGCUCAGAGGCAACGAUCCUCGUGUUACAGGGGAGCACACUGAGGUAGAUGAUCAUGUGUCUCUUGUGUCUAUAAAAGGCACAUCAGUCAACAGCCCCGCAAACUUACGGCUCGUUCCCAUCCAUGUCGUGCCGACCGACCAGCACGGGUACAUGGAGUGGUACAUCUGCAGGACAGCCCCGAAACUGCCGGGUGCGUUCAGAGAAAGCUUCUGGGACAGACUUCUUCCCCAGGCAAGCCAAUCAGAGCCAGCGAUACUGCAUGCGAUCUUGAGUCUGGCAUCGAUUCACAAGAGAGCUUUGCUGGACUUAGUCCCUUGCAGCGUGAGGAACGCGAAGGAGAUUGGCAGCCUGUUUACUCUUCAACAGCUGACACUUGCGACUGGCACUCUCCGCGACAGGAUUGCGAACAGAAGUCAAGCUUCACUAAGGGUGGCACUCAUUGCGUGCGCAGUAUUUAUCGUGUUGGAGUAUAUGCAGGAUAAUUACCAGACCGGUCUGACACAUCUCCGUCAUGGCCUAAUCUUGCUUGAGGAGUUCAUGCUCCACGACGGACAAAGCAACGGCGAUGCCAACGAUGAUUCUAUUAUCAAUACGUUUGUGACUUUGCUUAUUCAAGCGAGGCUCUUGGGCCAAGAUAUCUACCACCCUAGUCUGCUCCCUUUGCUCAUCGACAAAUUAGACGUACGUUGCUGGGAAUUCCAAUCGGCCGCUGAUGCCAGAAGAUGUCUCGAGUGGAUCUUUCUUCAAACCUUCAGUAUUGCUGACCAGACUGGGUGCAACCUCUUCUGCGACCGCUUGUCAAGCUCCAUCACCGUUCAACCGAAUCAGAUGAUGGAUAUUCAUCAGUAUCUGCGCCUGUGGCAGGGGGCUUACGAGACAAGCAUGAUGAGAUUCCGAUCGAUGCUUUCGUUGAUGGACUUUUACUCCUGGAAGCUCCUGCUUCUCCUCCACACUCUGGCCUGUGUGCUUGUACAGGAUUUUGCCCCUACUGUAUAUGAACAGGUAGUGGACAGCAGCGCCACGGAAUCUUCGACUCGGCCUCCGGAUACUUCUUCAAGAGAUGCCUCUUCCGCCGCGUUCUCAACAGUACCUACACUCCUGGCGAGCCAUGUACCAAGUUCGCAUUCUGGUUCAAGGACGGAGUACUCUUCGGGAAUCGGUCUGCCCAGAGAUCCAUGUCUUUCCAUAAUUUCACAAUGUUCCUGGAUUUAUCGCGAAGUUCGCGAUCCGGUCCCCGUGCUAUAUGACACUAACUCGCUUGGUAUCAACGAAACGGCUGCUUCUUCGAUAGCUGAUAUCGGCUGGAUGCCGGCACUGUUCUACACAGCCAUUCUUGCGCGAGACUCUACCACGAGACGAGAGGCAGCGAACCUGUUAUACCUCAGGCCUCACAGGGAAGGUAUAUGGGAGUCAUAUCUGUCGGGUAUCCUUGCUGAGAAAAUCAUCCACACAAAAGAAGAGAAGCGCAACACGCAGCCGCCUAGCAACUCUUCAAUGAAUCUGGAGGGGGACCUGGGACACGCGUUGGAGACAAGCACAUUACGGGAUAUACGAAUCCAGUUGCCCUCGAGUAGCGAUGCGAAGCUUGUACUGACGUAUGCGAGGCUUUUGGGAGACGUCGCAGGGGCGGAGUCGUGGAACAACGAGCGUUGUAUAUACGAUAUGAGAGCUGGCUGUUGGAUUAGCUAG